UCAAAUAUACAUAACAAGCCACCAUAGUACAUACACCAAGAGAAAGAGUGAUCUUGAAAAGAUUUAACCAAAUUCUAGCACGUCACAUUAAUAAUGUUGUAGGAAUUAGAGCCAAAUCGAUAAAUUAUCGACAAACAAACAUGUUUUAAGGGUGAUAUUGUUUAAACACGAAGGUAGAGAGAAACUCGAGUUAAAAGUUUUAUCAGGUAUUUUUAUUCGGAAAACACCCUCUUAUACAGGAAGAAAAUUUCAAAAAGGUUUUUACCAUUUAUACCCUUGGAUUAGACAAGAAAGUCAUCUAGUCCUUGAAAAAUUUAUAGUUACACAAAAGAUAGAUCCUUCAAAUGAUAACAGAAUUACCCCCUUGUUUUCCUAGCACAUCCGAGCCCGAAGGCGGUAUACACCACCCUAGCCAACAAUUGUACCAUGAUGUAAUAGAGGCUAGCUUUGGUGGUGGUGGUGGUGGUGGAGUUGGAGGGUCAGAGACUCAGCUUAAAUCUCUUCUCUGCAGCCUAUCAAUUCUGAAGCAGAAACUUCACGAGGUCGAAUCAUUGGUAAACCUCUUCCUCCCCCAAGAAAGCCAUCAUCAUCAUCAAAGUCAACCAGUCACGACGUUGUCAACCUCUCCGGUGCCUUUUGCAAACAUUGGCACUCUGAUACAAGAAGUCGUCGUGACAGCAUCAUCUAUGAUGUUCAACUGUCAACAAAUGACCCUUGGUUCGACGCAAACUGCAGGUAAUAACAGCAACAGCAUUAGUCGCGAUUAUAUGCAGACUGCAGACGGUCAGCACCAUAUUAAACAGCAAAGGCCUGAUGAUGGACUGCAGCAAUUUGUUAGCUGUGAUGUUAGUAAGAAUAACAAUAUGUUCGUAGAUGGAGAUAACAUCUACAAUUGGUACAAUGAUACUAGUACUGCAGCCUGCAACAAUUACAUCAGUACGCGAGCUGACAGUUGCUCAAGAACUACGACGACUGCCAGCAUAACCACAACAACAGUAGUGAAAGGGGAGAAAUCGAAGUAUGUUAAGGCUCAGACAAGCAGUAAACUGGCCCGAGAUAGGAAGUCGUUGACUGAGGCAUACGAUCUUGUAGAGCCAGAUGCAGCAGAUCUGUUAGCAAAGUAUACUCAUUACUGUCAAGUAUGUGGUAAAGGGUUUAAGCGCGAUGCCAACCUUAGGAUGCAUAUGCGAGCACAUGGAGACGAGUAUAAGUCUACUGCAGCCCUCAGCAACCCUUUAAAGAAAGAAGCAGAGGAUCAAAACAGCGCGAUCAGGACACCGAGGAAGUACUCCUGCCCACAGAUGGGGUGCAGGUGGAACAAAAACCAUGCUAAAUUCCAACCUCUUAAGUCCAUUAUAUGUGUUAAAAACCAUUACAAAAGAAGUCAUUGCCCUAAGAUGUAUGUGUGUAAAAGAUGCAACAGAAAACAGUUUUCGGUGCUUUCGGAUUUGAGGACUCAUGAAAAGCACUGUGGUGAUCGGAAAUGGCAGUGCUCCUGUGGAACCACCUUCUCUAGGAAGGAUAAGCUCAUGGGCCACGUCGCGCUAUUCGUUGGUCAUCACCCUCUAGUUAUUCCACUUGUUGAUAACAAGCUUGAUAACCAUGGAGAACUACAGAUUCAUUUUGAAGACAGAGAAAUUUAAAGUGUGAUAAUCAUCCUAUUAGAUUUUGUUCUUCAACUCUUUUUUGUUUUUUGAAUGGGAGAUUGUACAAUUUAUUUUUUACUCCUAUGACUGAUCAAUCUAAAACUUGUAGAAACUUGAUCAAUUAAAUUUUGUGUAACAGGCCUUGAAUAUGAUAAAAUGUAUAAUUAAUCCUUGAAUAUAUGAUUGAUUAAAUGUAUAAAUAAACUCGUUCAAUUAAACUCUAA